CUGGUUUACACAUUCCAGUGUUGACUGGGGAGUAUCCCAAGCUCGGGCCAUGGUGUAGGAGUCAUUCAAAAAUACUUUAAAUUAAAAAGAAGAAGAAGAAGAAGAAGAAGAAGAAGAAGAAGAAGAAGAAGAAGAAGAACACAUGAGGAAUACCUUUUAAAUAAUCAAGCUGUGUGCAGAGUCUAGUGCUUUUCUGUGUCACAGAUUCUUCUGGUUUUUCUUGGGCUGCUGCUUUGUCCCACUGUUGGGAUAUCAAUCUUGGGAAGCUGUGGAGCAUCUUCUAGGUAGUACAGUUUUUUUUUUUUUUACUUGGAAGGACCUACAAAAGCAGGAAGCUUAUAGACAGUUUGAAGAAUUAAGCAAAGGGCUACAAAAACUUCAGCAGAUGCAACAUGUCCGCAGCCCUGCAGCCCAGCAUGGACACCCUUCAGAUAGGUUGUGUUUCAGGUCCGGAUGGAGAGAGGUCAGUAACCCCGUCACCUCCACACUCCCCUUUGCUCAACGACAGCUGUAACAUAGCGCCUCUUACUCCCUCACUCUCACCGAGGAAUGCACCCCAGUCCCUCUGCACUCGUCCCUUCUCUGUGGUCGUGGCUAUUGAUUUUGGUACCACGUCCAGUGGCUACGCCUUCAGCUUUACUCAGGACCCGGAGGCCAUCCACAUGAUGAGACGCUGGGAGGGCGGUGACCCUGGCAUAGCCAAUCAGAAGACCCCCACGUCCCUGCUUCUGACCCCGGAGCAGCGGUUCCACAGCUUCGGCUUCCUGGCCAGAGACUCGUACCACGACCUGGACCCCGACGAGGCGCGAGACUGGCUCUACUUCGAGAAGUUCAAGAUGAAGAUUCACAGCACCACGGAUCUGACCAUGGAGACCGAGCUGGAGGCGAUGAAUGGGCGCAGAGUGAAAGCUAUCGAGGUGUUCGCACACGCCCUGCGCUUCUUCAGAGAGCAUGCGCUCAAGGAGCUGAAAGACCAGUCCUCAUCCGUCCUGGAGAAGGAGGCUGUGAGGUGGGUGAUCACAGUCCCGGCUGUCUGGAAACAGCCAGCCAAGCAGUUCAUGAGGGAGGCUGCCUACCUGGCUGGUCUAAUCUCUCCAGAGAAUCCUGAGCAGUUACUGAUUGCUCUGGAGCCGGAAGCUGCCUCCAUCUACUGCAGGAAGCUCCGCCUCCACCAAGUGAUUGACCUAAGCGGACGGCCAAUGGCCAAUGGCUUUGAACAGGACAGCACCGUCCCCAUUGGCUCCAGCUUCAGGCAGGCAAGGGAGCAGCUCCGCAGAUCCAGGCACAGCAGGACCUUUCUGGUGGAGAGUGGGACCGGGGAACUGUGGUCCGAGAUGCAGACGGGUGAUCGGUACAUUGUGGCUGACUGUGGUGGAGGGACAGUGGACCUCACAGUCCACCAGAUUGAGCAGCCACAGGGAACCCUGAAGGAGCUGUACAAGGCAUCAGGGGGUCCGUACGGCGCGGUGGGGGUGGACCUAGCCUUCGAGGAGAUGCUUUGCCGGAUCUUCGGGGCCGACUUCAUCUGGAGCUUCAAGGCGAAGCGGCCGGCAGCCUGGGUGGACCUGACCAUCGCCUUCGAGGCCAGGAAGAGGACAGCGGUGCCUGGGCGAGCCAGUGCUCUCAACAUCUCACUGCCCUUCUCCUUCAUCGACUUCUACAAGAGGCACCGGGGUCAGAGCGUGGAGACCGCACUGCGCAAGAGCAACGUUAACUUAGUGAAAUGGUCCUCUCAGGGGAUGUUGAGGAUGACGUCAGAGGCCAUGAACGAGCUCUUCCAGCCCACCAUCUCUCAGAUCGUCCAGCAUAUUGACGGGCUGAUGAAGAAACCAGAGGUGGGCAGGGUGCGCUUUCUCUUCCUGGUGGGUGGCUUCGCGGAGUCACCUAUGCUGCAGCAUGCCGUCCAAUCAGCAUUUGGACGCACCUGCCGCAUCAUCAUCCCGCAGGAUGUGGGGCUGACCAUCCUGAAGGGGGCAGUGCUGUUCGGGCUGGACCCUACUGUCGUAAGGGUGCGCCGCUGCCCCCUGACCUACGGGGUGGGGGUACUCAACAAGUUCGUUGAGGGAAAACACCCCCGAGACAAGCUGCUGGUCAAGGAGGGCCGGGACUGGUGCACGGACAUCCUUGACCGCUUUGUGGCUGUGGACCAGUCCGUGGCUUUGGGGGAGGUGGUCCAGAGGAGCUACACCCCGGCCAGGCCCGGCCAGCGCAGGAUCAUCAUCAACAUCUACUGCUGCUCUAGCGACGAAGUGGUUUACAUCACUGAUCCUGGCGUGCGCAAGUGCGGCACCAUCAACCUGGACCUGCCUGAGGCCAAGGAGACCAACCUGCCGCACAAGGGUCGCCGCGAGAUCCGUGCAAGCAUGCAGUUCGGAGACACAGAGAUCAAGGUGACCGCCGUCGACAUGGUGACGUCAAAGUCCGUCCGCGCAGCCAUCGAUUUCCUCUCCAACUGAGAACCAGCCAAAGUUUGCCGAGAAACAAAUGAAGCUCUCCCGACAAUUGCUACCCCUGACAUCCGCUUUAUUCAAAGAGGUUUUCCUAAUCGUGGUGGUGUUUUAAUGGAUAAAAAAAGGAGAUAUAGGACAGUAAAAAAUCAUCUAUACGCUUCAGGUCGAUAGAGUGAUCCAGGCCGCUGGCAUCUCUAGGAUUAUGGAGUUUGGAAUACUAAAACACCACCUGCAGAUAUCAUACAAAACCAUGUCCUAGACACAUCAGUUUAGGGUCUAGUCUGUACUGUAUGUUUUGUUUAAACCUCUACUGCAUGACUUUUUGUAUGAGAAAAAGUUUCCAUCUUUUUGCUUGUUAUUUAAGGCAGUUUGAAAACGUUACUUUUUUUUUUUUUUUUUCAUUUGUUACUUAGCUUAGUAAGCAGUCGAAUUUCAGCGUGCAGCUACCUUGUGCUUCUCAGAGUGCCAGAGUCUCUAAUUGAGCUCCAGGUACGGUCUUGUAGUUUGUGUUGGGGUAUUUUUUUUUUAAUCCUAGAGAGUGUGAUUGUAAUCAACGAUGGGCUUUAUACUUUUCAAACAAAGAGAUUGUAUAAAUUUCCCACUGCACGCUCCGAUUGGAUAGUUUGUGCCUGAAUGGGGCUUGCAAUCUUGAUUGUUUGCCCGCCCGCCCCUUUCCUUUUCUUGUUUGAGGUGUUUGUUAUCAUAAUUUAGAAAAGGGAAAGUUAAACACAUAACUUUUGCUACAUCAUUCUGAUUUUAUUCUAAAUUCCCAUUAUUUUUAUCAUAAGAAAUUACAUUUCUUUAGACACCAAAUAUGUCGGGAUAAGGCUUUGGUUAGAGACCGCAAACACUUUAAUUUUCAUAUGCCUCUUUUCCACUGUACAGCCAAGCCCUCACGGUGCGGUUAAGGGGAGCCUGGGUUGUUUUUCCACUGCAGAGCUGAGCCGUGUUACGGAUGCAGUGAAAGACAGUUAUUAACUCAGUUUGCCAAAAGAUGCGCAAACAAAUAGUGUUAAAAUUUAUAGACCAACGGUACAGCUGUAUCUCGUAUCACUAUAUUUUGUAAAUAUAUUUAGGAAUGUCUUUAUAAAUCAACAUAAAAUCAACAAAUUUUACUGAUUAUAUCAACUUACUAAAGUUAAAUUAAUUCUGUUGAAGUGGAAAAAAAAAAGGUUUUACAAAUAUGAUUUGCCAAUGAAGAACCACCCAUACCGUACCGAGCCUUCAUGGCUCGUGGGCAAACACGAGCCAUGAAGGCUUGCUUCUAAAUAUGGUCCAUUGAGUUAGAGGGCAAAGUUUGCCCACAAUUAGGGCAAACUUUUCGCGAUUUCUCAGAAAAUCUUUUAGGGGCCAAUGGAUACUGGACAAGUACGGAGAGAGAAAAAAAAAAAAAGAAACCACGAUCUAAUGCACAACGCAAGCGACACAAACUAUCUUCCUUCUGUAGAUAGGCUUUUUUUAAUUCCUUCGCCAUCCUGUGUGCAUUGCACUUAAGCAAAAAAAAAAAAAAAAGUCCUUAGACAAACAUUUACAAAAAAUACUCCAAAGUGGUUAAAUUCUUGUUUACUGUUCAAAUGACAACAUUUUAAUCAGCCUAGCAUUGCGUCUGUACUGGCUUUUCUGUGACCUGUACUGUACCGUUGCACAGACAAAAAGUAUUCCUGCCCGUUGUAGCCAAGUUAAAUCAGUACUACCGGUACGAUCUAGCACAGCCAACUCGCGUCAAACAACCUGUUGCUUACUUUUUUAAACACAGUUAGAAUUUUAGACCUGAAUAGACGUUUUCUUUGUUUUGACUCUGUACUAAUAAAAUAAAAUUACUGGAUGGGACACAUAACAUGACAACGAACGAGCUACACACAUUGCCUUUAAAGCAGGGGUGGGGAACCUUAGUCCUGGAGGGUCAGUGUCCCUCCUGCUUUUUGUUUCAACUGUGUCCUAAAUUACUUAAUUGGCCUAAUUAUUAACCAAUUAUUGAUCUAAUUAGGUAUUUAGGGCACAGUAGGAACAAAAACCAGGAGGGACACCGGCCCUCCAAGAACAUGGGUUCCCCACCCCUGCUUUAAAGUAUGCCAGAUGUCCUUGGGUACCUGAGUUUUGGGGCUGUUUCAAAUCGAUGUCCACAUCUCUAUAACUUGGCAAAGCUUUGCCUUACACUUCCAACCAAUUCAGUGGAUGCAGACGUGCAGUCUCAAUGUAUGGGCAAGUCCACACCAGACAGAGAAUGUCAGCAGCAACUGCUGGGGGAUGUUGCAUGCCUGCCUUGACAAAUGACAGCACUGUUUUAGUAAGGAAGCAAGUACCACUAUUUUUAGGCUUUAUAUUGCAAUAGUCUUAUUAGGUUUAUUUAAUGUUUAAAACAGGUCGGCGAAAUCCUAAUUUUAUUCCAUAACCUACCCGUGAGAAAUACGUAAAAUGUACAGCGAUUCGAGUUGACCCCUGCCCAUUAUAAAAUAACUUAACAAUAAUAUAACUGCUGCUACUGCAACAAGUAAUUUCUUGCUAAUUUAAAAAUGUAUAUAUUUUACUUUAUAAUAUUCAUGCAAGUUUUACACUUGCUUCGGGUCGGUUACAUUAUAUCUUUAACAAGGCCUGACAGUGCGCAGAACGACGGGGAGAUAAGCAAACAUUUUAAUUACCUUAUGAUUUCAGGUACAUGCCUUUUAAAGUAAGAUGAACUGGCUUCUGUUAUUUUAAAAUACCACUACUUCAGAUUAUUACCAGUGCUUAACAGUAACAUUUUCAGAGUUCUUCCACUUAAACCCGUUCAUGGCCCCACAGCAACACAAACCUACCUUUUUUUU